AUGUCUCUAUCAGACCAGAGCCGACAGUGGUAUCCGACCAGUGUACAGGUAACUGUGGUUCAGUCAAGAAGCCUGAGGAUAAAGGGGGAAAAUGGCACCAACGACGCAUACGCCAUCAUGCAAGUGGCCAAGGAUAAAUUCGCUACAUCGGUGGCAGAGAAGAGCGUGGCACCGGUGUGGAAAGAAGAGGCCACGUUCGAGCUGCCGCUCUUCCACAACGGUAACACAGAAAAGUGUACGUUGCACGUCCACGUAAUGCACCGGGCUCUCGUGGGACCUGACAAGUUGCUCGGCCAAGCAGUCAUCAACCUGUUGGAGCUCAGCGAGGUUAAAUCCCGUAAUAAGACUGAAUGGCAUAAACUGCUGGACAAGGCAGGCAAGCCAGACAAAGACCAGGGAGAGGUGCAGGUGGACAUCCAGUUUAUGAAGAAUAACAUGACAGCCAGCAUGUUUGACCUCUCUGCUACAGACAAGCCACGCUCCCGCCUGGGAAAGUUCAAGGACAAGGUGCGAGGCAAAAAGGAGGGUCUGUCGGACACUGCGUCUGCCGUGGUACCGUCCUUCACCCAGGUUCUGACGGACAGCGAGGGGGAGGGAGAGGGGGUAGGGAAGGGGGGUGCAGACAAAGGAGAGAAAAAGAAGAAAAACAAGCUGAAGUCUCUGUUUUCUCCCAAGUCUAACCUGCAGCGUCAUGGACUGUCUCAGUCUAUGUCUGUCCUGGGCCCUCUGCCUGAGAAGAAGUCCUCACUGAGUGGCAGCCGCUCCACAGGCCUCAAUGUGGACUCCUCUGACGGUAAAAAUAAAUUCACGUUUCAGACCCAUAAGCGCACAGGCAGUUCCCUGUCCCUAGGGCGCUCUAAGAUUCCUGCCCCGCUUGCAGAGCAGAGUAACCUGUGCAUCAAUGGCACUCACAUGUACACAGAGGAGCCCCAGCCCCGGAGCGCCCGCACCGGCUCCAACUUUAGCCUGGCCAGCUCAGGCCAUGGCUCCAUGGAAGACCUGCGCAAGGCCCAGGGUCGUAAGAGCUCCGGCACCUCCAUGGACUCUUUCAGGGCCCUGAAGCAGCCUUCGAGCUGGGCAGAGGAGGAAGAGAGGGUUAUAGAGGAUAUACUGAGAAAGGAGGACAAGAGGAAAAUGAGGGAGGUGGAGGAAAGAUUGAAGAGGGAGAAAGAUGAGAGGAUUAAGGAGGAAGAACAGAUUAGGAGAGAACAGGAGGAGGAGGAUAUGCAAAGAAGAGAGGAAGAGGAGAGGAAGAUGAGGGAGGAGGAAGAAAGACUAAGGAGGGAACAGGAGGAUAUACUGAGAAGAAUAAGGGAGGAGGAAGAAGAUGAAAGAAGGAGGGGUGAAGAAAGAAUGAAGAGAGAGGCUAAAGAAGAAAGAAUGAAGGGAGAGGCUAAAGAAGAAAGAAUGAAGAGAGAGGAUGAUAGGCUGAGGGAGGAGGAAGAAGAAAAGAAGAGGAUUGAGGCGGAAGAAGAAAUAAUGAAGAGAGAGGAGGACAGAGUGAGGAAGGAGGAGGAGGAAGAAAGGAGGAGGUUUGAGGAGGGAGAACAAAGAAUGAAGAGAGAGGCUGAAGAAGAAAGAAUGAAGAGAGAGGAGGAUAGGCUGAGGAAGGAGGAGGAAGAAAGGAGGAGGAGGAUUGAGGAGGAAGAACAAAUAAUUAAGAGAGAGGAGGAUAGGCUGAGAAAGGAGGAGAGCAGAAUGAGGGAGGAGGAAGAAAGAGACGAAAGAAUUCAGAGAGAAGCGGAAGAUAGGCUGAGAAAGGAGGAAGAGCUGAGGAUGAUUAGGGAAAAGGAAGAAAGGCUAAGAAGGGCAGAGGAGGAUGAUAUGUGGAGAAAGGAAGAAGAGCAGAGGAAGAUGAGGAAUGAGGAGGAAAGGAUAAGGAGAAUAGAGCAGAUGUUGAGAAAGGAAGAAGAAGAAGGAACGAGGCUUGAAGAAGAAAGGGAAGAGGAGAGGAGAGAUGAGGAGCAGAGAAAACUGAUGGAGGCGAAAGAAAAUAUGAAAAAAGAGGAGUUGAGAGGACAGGAAGAAAAGAGGAAUGCACAGAUGGAGGAAAAGAGAAGGCAUGAGGAGGUGAGGGUAAAGUUGGACAAAGUUGAACAACAGAUGAAGCAGAAUAGAGAGGCAGAGGCCAUCGUGUGCAAUAAUCCUUUUGAGGAAGUCUCUCCUACCACUUCAUAUGAUGACAACUCUUCAAAUAACCCGUUUGAGGAGACCACCACAACCUCUUCUACUGGUCCCAUCAGCCGAACAAAUAAAGUAUCAGCAGUCAAGCCAAGAACCUCUUCAUGGGUGAACCCUUCUCAGCCUAGUGUGUCUUCCAACCCCUUCUUAUCAUUAUUGUCUCCUGAAAUUGAGAUUUCUAUGGACUCCCCUAGAGUUGAUGGGGAAACCAGAGGCGCCCAGGACCCGUCUACUGAUCUAAUGGAGAAGAAAGACCCUGCCCCCCUGCCCCCCAACAACCAGCGCUGGGCUCGUAUGGACAACUGGCCUAGCAAGGGCAACGCUCAUUCUGUCACAGUGAACCUCGCCCAAACAAAGCCAAAAAAACAGCCACAUCCUCCAAGGCGUCAAUCUUCCAUGUCACUGGUGGGAUGCGGGGAUGACCAGGAGAGUGUUAGUGGUCAGGACCAUUCCAGUAUCAGGAUGGACAAGGGUCCUGCUCCAGACAGACCAAGCCAGGCUCUAAGCCAGACACAGAGGGACCAGAGUAUGACUAGAGUGAACCUGGGACAUAAGGACAUAGUAGGUGCCUCCAUGUCCAAGGUCUCUCAACGUGUAGUACAGAUGAUCACACCACUGAGAUUUUCCUCCACAGCUACAACAGAACACACAAGUGGAGGCCAGAGCUCUACCCACCAUGGGAACCAACCAGAACAACACAUGCCAUCUGCCACUGAGGGGUUGAGGGUGGCUAAACACAAUAAAGGUCCAGCACCUUCUAGGCCCCAGUACCCUCCAGGGAAGACAAUGCCAAAAGUUUAUGUAUUAGAUAAGCAAUUGAAUACUGAGGAACAUGACACUCUGGUUGAGUUUGAUCCAAAUAAUCCCUUUGCAGAAGACUGCAGAAUGGAGAAGUCCUCUGGACACGGUGAAGAACAGAGACUAACUGGUGAACAUCAGGAGAGCCUAGACUCUCCCAAUCAUCAGAGUCGUACCUCCACAGAAGCAAAUCCAGGUUCAAUGCAGAAUAGUGUGGUUGGGGACUCAAUGGAGCUUCCAACACCAGAUGUUCUGCUAGUUGAGGAUGGCUCCCGUUCCAUCAAAAACACAUUAGCAGAGCGGGUCUGUGUUCCCUUGCCUCCAUUGAAGAAAACAUCCACCUCUAGAGAGGAGGAUACUGGUAAACAGAGUUCUGUAAAACUACAAUGCCCAGGGGCUUCCUCUUUGAGUAAGCUUUCCUCAAGUAUCUCAGAAAAAAUGCAGAAUCGAGGUGUGGGUGUGGCACUAACUUGUGUUAACAUUGCCCAGCCCCAAUGUGUACCCUCACCUGCCCUCUCCUUCCUACCCCAACCCAAGCCCCUGAAGGGAUCAGGGGGCAGGAGUAACUGUCCUCCCCAGACAAGCUCUCCCCCUGGCCAGAGGAUCCUGCUUCAGGCUGGAGCUAUGUCCUCCGUUGCAGAGCAUUGCAGUGGAGAGGAGGAGGGGGGAGGGAGAGGGGACAGGCCUACCUCAAGCACACGCAGGCCCCAUCCAGUAAAGCCCUUGAGCUCCCUGGAAAACCAGCCAGCCUCCAACAUCCAGGAGGCGCAGGCUGGCAUAUCUACAGGAUUCCUCUGUGUCCUUCAAGAGAAGAUAAAGGUCAAAGACACAGGGGUCAAAGGUCAGUACUCCCAGCUGACCCAGGAGGAGCUGAUCUCCCUGGUGGUGAAGCAGCAGGACCAGCUUUCCAAGAGGGACAACAAGAUCAAGGAGCUGGAGCACUACAUUGACAACCUGCUGGUGCGCAUCAUUGAGGAGCAACCCAGUAUCCUGAUGUCCAUGAACUCACUCAAAUGAGACGUCUAGAAAUAUAUAUUUCUCCAUCCUGUUCCUAAUCAUUCAGAGCAAGGCUUCCUAGAUGUUUAUCUCCCUCAAUGCCUAUGUUGGGCUGUUUGAAGAAUUCCUGCUUGCAGCCCAAAGAACAUUUCAUUCACCUAUGUAUAACAUACCAAGCACUGGCUUUGUCUAUUCCUACUGAACAGAUGCACUUUUGAUUGUUCAUUACAUUUUGAAUGUUGUUUAACUCUGAAUAAUGGUAUCUUAACCACUACAACUCUGUGGUGUGUGUAUGUAUAAAGGCCGUAUAAGAACAUGAACCAAAUCCACACAGGUCUGUUGGAAGGUGCUGUACAUUUUUGGCAGUUGGUUUGGUUUGUCUUUCUAUUAACGUUUUGAUGUGCUUGUAAGGAGGAGUGUGAUAUGAAGGUUAAAUCCAGAGCAACAACACUGAAGAAGGAAUUGAAUAGCAAUAAAAGAAAGAAAGCUCCAAAAGAACAGGGACACAUUGAGUUUGUAUAUUCGGUAACACUAUGCAGGACAGACCGGUAUAAUAGGGGUCAUACCGGUACAUGCCUAUGACAAGUAUUAACAUUAAUUACAAUCACAUUAUAAUGAGCUAUACCUGUCGGUAAAGGGUUACUUCGUAUUAUUGGUUGUCUGUGAACUAACAAAAAUAAUGUGGAUAUUAGUCCCUGUUACUGUAUAACUCAUGUAUACGUGUUGUACAUAUUGAGAAGUCCUUUUCUUAUAUUGUAAACUUUAUGUUAAAGCACUUUGAAGAAUAAAUAAUAGAACAAAUUGUAGUCUAAAGAAACAUGGAUGAAUAAUUAAAAGAAUUUAGACUACCGAUAAACCAAUUUAGACUACAGACAAACCAGGUUUAGACUACCACUAUGCCUUUGGAUGAAUGCACUCUCAAUUUAUUGCAAUCACCCUGACAGGUGCACCUCCAGAAGCAAAUUGCAUGGGUGUAACAUAUGGACAUUUUCUAAAGUGGCAUUUCCUUGUGAAGAAAGCUAUUGGGAUCCAGGGACAGUUGUUUUUAUAGGUAGAUAGCAAGAUGUGUUAGAGUGUGUUGGUCUGCCUUUGGUCAUAGGAAGGAUUACUGUAUAGUUGGGUGAAAGUCAGAAAGUGUCUUCUGUUAACUUAUAGCCUAUAAUUUUUACAAUUAUGAAAUAAAUACU